CGUGAACUCUCCAAACAAACUUUCUUCGACUGAGAAAGAAUUGCAAGAACAGAUGGAAACCGAAGAUGACGCAGAGAACGCGAAGGCAAUCGAAGAGAGUUCGACGAGCCAUCGUCCUCGCUUACGGAAUGAUUGGAUGGAUCUUGAUCUGAAUGUGCUAGCUGAGGAGGCACGGAACGAAAUCCAGUUUCAAGAUCAUCCCGAGAAACAAACAGAAAAUGGCCAGUUAGGUCAUAACAUGGCGAAUGAUGGCUUUUUAAAUCUGGAUGUGCUAGCUGAGGACGCUUUACAUGACAUCGCGCUUCAAGACCAUACCCGAUUCAGUGGAAGGUUUCCCGAGAAACAAACAGAAAAGGACCUAACGAUGAGAUACACUAGUGAAGAGAAGGGCAAGGCCAAAAUUGACGAUGAUCAGGUCUUGAUUGAGACUAAUGAUGGCAAAACGAUUAUUGUUCUUGAUUCGGAUGAUGGAGAAGACGAGAUUAAAAACGAAGACACGGAUAACUUGAACCUAAAUCUUGGCCUCGGUCAGAAUGUUGACUUCAUGGAGCUUGAUCUCGUUAAUGAUGGCGUAAGGGAAAAUACUGAACCUGCGGAAGUUGAGCCGCCGGAUGGGUUGGCUUGGUGGAGGGCUUGGCAAAAGGAGUUGAGACUUAAGGCAGCACGGAGACUUGCACUUCCUAAAAAGCCUAAAAAGCAGAUUGACGGCAAACCACGGGAAAAGAUACUACCACCAACGAAAGUAGAUGACGAAACAAGCGAUUCUCCAUUUUCCAUGGCAAUGGAGGCAAUCGAGAAGCGGAAUUCAGUCAGAAAACCACAGUUCAAAUGGGUGCCUAAUAAUAAUAAGGGGUCUUCUAAUAUCAAGAGAGGCAGUAUUCCUUCUCUUUUGGAACUUAGUUUGAAUGCUCUUGCUGAGAAUUCUGAGGCAAUUGUGUCACUGAAAUUUAUCCCAGAUGCACUGAGGCACAAACUUAGUCAGCGAGUAUGUGAUUCCAGGAAAAUGGAUGCUCAGUUCUUUGAACUUCUUACAAGGGAAUCCCCAACUGAAAUACGUGUAAAGAAUUGUUCGCAGAUAACAGAAGAGGAGCUCACCAGAAUCUUUCUUAAUUGUGACACUCAGAACUUGACUGUGCUACAACUUGACUUUUGUGGACAGUGUGUGCCUGAUCACGUGCUAGAGAACUUCAUAGCCCGGUCACAAGGCAGCCUUCCUUCCUUACUUACCAUAUCUCUAAGGGGUGCACUUCGUUUAACAGAUGCUGGCCUACCUUCAAUAGGUGUUUCUGCACCUGCGCUCCAAUCCAUAAAUCUGAGCCAGUGCUCAUUUCUCACCUUUCGUAGCAUCAACCUUGUGAAAUUUUAUUUUGAAUCUAGUUUGAGGGAGCUAUAUAUAGAUGAUUGUAUGAACAUUGAUGCAAUGAGAAUCUUACCUUCGCUGAAGAAACUCAAACAUCUACAAGUGUUGUCAGUGGCAGGCAUUGAGACUGUUUCUGAUGAUUUUGUUAUUGGAAUAGUUGAAGCAAUUGGUCGAAACUUGAGGGAGCUUGUUUUUGCUAAUUGUGUGGCAUUGACUGAUAUAUCAGUUAAAUUCAUUGGGGAAAACUGUUCCAAACUAUAUUCUCUUGAUCUUUCAUACUUGGAUAAGUUGACUGAUUCAGCAGUAAAAUAUCUUGCCAAUGGUUGUUGUUCAAUUGGCAGGCUCAACUUCUGCCGCAAUGGUUUCAGUGAUGAAGCAAUUGCUGCUUUUCUGGAAGUCUCUGGCCGAUCUCUGCAUGAACUUUCUCUGAAUAAUGUUAGAAUGGUCGGUAUCAACACUGCCAUAUCAAUUGUCAAAUAUUCUAAAAAUCUGUGGACUUUGGAUUUGUCGUGGUGCCGCAAACUAUCUGAUGAGGCGCUGGGAUCUAUUGUAGACAGCUGCGAAUCACUGAGGCUACUCAAAUUAUUUGGGUGUUCGCAGAUUACAAAUGCAUUUCUAGAGGGCCAUUCAAACUCUCUGGUGCAAAUUGUUGGAUUGCAAACAACACCGGCUCUGGCACAUUUAGAUUCAACUCAAAUCCAGCAGACUCCGUUGCGGUAUCCGCCCCUACCUGAUCACCAGAUUUUGGAUCAACCAGAUAGUUGACUUUAUGGUUAACCUCCCUUUCCUGCUGUGGAGGAAAAGGUCUCUCCCACUUUUCUCUUCAGUGAGCAGCUGCUCUUUUACAAUCAAUACAAAAGAAUGGAAAUAAAAAACACUCAUCACACUCUGAUUACCAAAUAGAAACUUUAGUUCUUUGGCCAAUUGACUAUGAUGCCAAGAAAGUGGAACACACUAGGCAUCGGAAAUAAUAGAAUAUGGAUGAAAAGUUACCAUCUGUGUCUAUUGAUGUUGGAGCUGCAGAAGUUGAAAAUAUUCUUCUAAAUGCUUCAGCUACAGAAUUCAAGUUUUAUUUUGAUUCCCUUUUGACCAUUGAGAGGCUUUAGUUUGCAGGGAA